GUGUCCCGUGGAGUGUAGAUGGUGCGCAGAGCGCAUAGUUUCUUUGCAUUAUACUCUGCGGAUUUUGGUACUUGUGCGUUCAAUUGAAAGUCAUUUAUAGUGCGUGCUAUGUGUAUUGUGGUAUGAAUUUCAAAGACAUAGGAUAAAAUCCUUUUUUACUUAGAGGACCUUCCCCGCCAUAUUUUCCUCUUCCCGGACAGCGACGUCCAUUUGUCUAAGAGAAAUCUAUUUGACACUUCACAGCCCUCGUUGUUCCUCUUUCUUAUAGGUUCCUAAAAGUUGAAAAGAUUGUCUUUUCUGACAUAAGUGAUUGAAGAUCACUUCGAAGAGAAAAAGGUAUUUUCUGGUAAAAUUUCUUAUUGGAUGAGUGUCUUUUAAAAGACAUAUCUCUUAUCUGACGGGAUGUCAUAUCCUUUCAAGAAGAAGUUAAAGGAUUAUGGUUCUACAAGGAAACAACUUUAUAUCCAGGAUAAUGACUACCUCCUUAUAUCACUGGCUUGAUAAGAUCAGUAUUUUGACUGAAUAAUGGUGAUAGAACAGUUAUGAUGAUAUGGAUAUGUAAUGUUGUUGAUCAUGAACAAGAUGUCCUGUGCUUUCAUUUUGAGACAUAUGCCAUUAAAAUCGUUUGGACCAAAUUAGUCAAUAUGUAAUAAAACAGAAGGAUUCUCGGUUUUAUUCUUCUUUUGAACUUAAUAUUUUUUUGACAUUUUCAUCAUAUAGUUAGUAGGAUUUUACGAGUAUUUUUUAUUCACAGCUUGUAUAUUAUUAAAUAUUAUUUUAGAAAUAUAUAUAUAUAUAUAUAUUAUUAACGAAUGCAUUGUUCAUUUCAUUUGGCAUGAUGCUGGCAAUUUCGGGGGCGUUCCUGUUUUAUAACCAGAGUUUUAUUUCUCAGGAAUGUCACAUUUAAAUACGAGUGAUCAAUGCAAAGGAGCGCAGAGUUAUGUCACCAGUCACACAUCACAAGGAUAUGUUAACACCGAUCUUGAAGGUUAUGCAAGAGCGCAUCAUGAUGAAGGAUAUAGAGAAAAUUUGUCAUCUAGAGAAGUGAGGGAAAGUUUUUCAUCUAGAGACGUGAGGGAAAGCUUCUUAUCUAGAGAAGCGAGGGAAAGUUUCUCAUCUAGAGACGUGAGGGAAAGUUUCUUAUCUAGAGAAGCAAGGGAAAGUUUCUUAUCUAGAGAAGCAAGGGAAAGUUUCUUAUCUAGAGAAGUGAGAGAAAGUCUCGCAUCUAGAGAAGCGAGUCUCUCAUCCAGAGAAGCGAGGGAAAGUCUCGCAUCUAGAGAAGCGAGUCUCGCAUCUAGAGAAGCGAUUCUCUCAUCUAGAGAAGCGAGGGAAAGUCUCUCUAGAGAAGCGAGGGAAAGUCUCUCAUCUAGAGAAGUGAGGGAAAGUUUCUCAUCUAGAGAAGCGAGAGAUAUAAGGCAUCGCCGUGACCUCAGCCAAUAUCGUGCUUUGAGUAGUGGGUCACGGCAUCCAGAAUAUCCUGCUCAAGAGUCCAUGAACCCAGCUACUGCUGCAUCCCAUCCUGCAGCUGUUGCAUCGGCUGCAGCUGUUUAUCCAAGAGUAGCCAUUCUUCCUCAGCAAGGCAGGACUACAGGUCCACCUUCCCAUUUCGAAACAUUUGGUCUUUCCCCUCAUAUCCCUUUAAAUCCACCUUCAGCAACAUCUGGACAUCAUCCAGCAACUGUCCACUCUUCAACUUACAGACACUUACUUCCACCUCCUGCUUUAUUACCUGCUCAGUUUAGUAGCGCUAGUGGGUCAUCACACGUUGGGCUGGAUGUUAUGUGGCAGCAGAAACUCGGUACCAACCCCUGGUUACUUUCCCAUUAUGAAGAUAUGAGAGUAGAACGAGAACGGUCUCUCGCUCAUGAGCGAGAGCGGUCAAGACCGCAAGAAAGGGAUCGAAAUAUUGGACAUGAGCGUGAUCGAAGUAUGGCUCAUGAAAGAUACGCCCAGGAGCGUCAGAGGAACAUUGCUAAUGAAAGAGUGUUAGCUCAGGAGAGGGAACGGACUGGGACCCAUGAAAGAGAACGUAGUUUAGUCCAUGAUAGAGAACGCAUACUUAUGGGAAGAGAGCAGGAAAGAAUUGAGCGCCAAAAGGAAGAGCGAGCGGCGCAGAGGGAACAAAGGGAGUGGCAGGAGCAGGAAAGAUUUGACCGUGAAGAACGGGAACGAGCUCAGAGAGAGGCUGUACAGCAGCAUUUUGAGGAGUCUCUUCGCCUGUUCCAUAAGCAAAAGGCAAUGGGUUGGACUCCACUGUCCACCAGCAAAAACAUAGGAAAAGGACCAGAAAUUAAUUCAAGUGAUCUGCAAUCAUCUGUACUUUGCAAUGAAGACAGAUUACGAGAUCAUGAUAAAGAAAGGCCCCAAUAUAUGGAAAGCAGUCAAGCUCAUCGUGAACAUGAAAGGUGGCUGGCCAUGGUUCAGCAGCAAAGAAAUGAACAGUCAGCUAAUAUGUCUCUCCAGAACUUUUCACCAGUGGAGUCGAGAGUUCCAAGGAAUUCUUCGAAAACAGAAGCGCCUCAAAUUCCUGGUCAAGGGUCAUCUAAAUCAAGUUUAGCCCAAAGUUCAAUUGGUUCAAUUCAUCAACAAUUAAAGAAUGAAACUAAUUUUAGUUUGUAUGGAUACCAACCCUUUCAGCAUACUUACAUAACCCAUGCUCAACUUAAAGCAAGAGAAGAAACGAAAGGAUCUGGCAGUGCUCCUCAAGUGAGAGUAUCAGGAAGUAUGCCUAUGAAAACAAGUUUACCCACGAAAGGUGAAAAGGAAAGUUUUGCUGAAAGACCUUUAACACCAAAUCCAGGUCAUACAGGAAGCCACACUUCUAAACAUCAAUUAAAAGUUGGACAUUCUGGUCAGGAACGAGGUGGAAUAAUUUAUCAACCUUUAGUUGGUAGUGGAGGUGCAUUUAAGCCCUAUGAAUAUUCGAGUAAUAGUAGUAGUCCUGCACCUCCAGCACACCAAAAUACCUCUCCUGCAGUUGGUCGGAUUGGACCAUCGCACUAUCAGCAGGUGCAGGAUCAACCUCAAAAUCUGGUGAAAGGGGAUAUAAAAGCAGUGAUGGAUAAAAUGAAUAUGGGUUCAAAAUAUGAUCAAAGAGAUUCUAAACCAGUUGUGUGUUCAACUAAUACCUUACCGGCUCGUUUUUCCCCUCCCUAUAGUACUUCUAAAAGUACAUCUCCAGUUGCUAACUCUUCAUAUUCCUACAAUCUCAUUCAGCAAGGCUUGGUUCCCAAUCCAAUGUAUAUAGCUGCCACACACACCGGUAAUGCAAAUUCUAGUACACCUCCAGUAUCUCUUGUACAUUCUCAAUCAUCCUCUAAGGCAUCUGCACGUCCAGGAAGCCCUGUUUUAUCACAACAAUACUCACAUGCCAGCCCGAAUUCAAGCAUUUCUAGCAGCUCUCCAAUAUGUCGCCCAAAUUCUGCACCAUAUACAAUUCCACCUGGACGUAUUGGCCGAAGUUAUUCCCCUCUUAGUCCUUUUAGUUCACUUCCUGGAACUGUCAACUCUGGGAAGAUAAUCACACAGGACUCUCAUCUAUCCAAUAGAGCCCAUGUCACUGUCCAAAUACCUAGCCAUAGAUCACCUUCUCCAGCUCAUUUAUAUGGAGCGCAGUCAAAUUCAGGUGCUCCCAAUUCUCCUCAUCAGCUAUCACCCCGAUUAGCAUCUGUAUCUAAUCAUCUCUCAGUUCAUCUACCUGUAUACAAUUCAUCUUCACCCUUACAUUCUAAAUCACAAUCGGAUAGUCUAGAGAUGUCUGGCAUUCCAUUUGUGAAAAGAAAACUAUUGAAUGAUAUUGCAUCUCAAAAGCACCAAAAAUCAAUCGAUGAUGGCUUACUUCCUCCACAGCUACUUCCACAAACACAGACUUCUUGUAUGGAUGCUUGUGAGACCCAGAUUAUUAUUACUCCUCCUCAACUUGUGUCAAAUGCUCCUAUGUUAUCUGAGCAUCACUUAAGUACCGAUACCUUUAAUUUAAAAUCCAAUCCCCCUUCACCAGUAGUAGCAUCUAAUCUUACUUACAAACCAGAACCUGUAACACCUCCACCACCAAUGCCCGAUCUUCGGAUUUCUCCAAUGACUCAGUUUGAACCUCGUUCUGAUGUAGAUCAUUCUUCUGAUGCCCAAAAUUAUUUUAACAGUCUAAUGAAAUAUAAGAUUCCUAACAAAAAACCUGUGGACUCUGAGGAUUCGGUAGACUUCUAUAAUAGUAGCCAUGCAUUGAAUGUUUCUGAUCGAACAGCCAUUCUACCAAGUACAUCAAUGGAUUCUAGUGAAGAACAGUUCUGUAAUAGUUCUAAUGCAACUGUUACUAACUCGUCUAAUAGUACAAAUUCUAACUUUAAUAAUAAUAUUUGUCACACAAAAUUAAAGAAGGCUUGGUUACAAAGACAUUCUGAAAAUGAAGAUAAAAUUGAUAAUACUGUAGAUGUUAACGUUGAACCACAAUGUGAUAUAAAAAAUGAGCUCCCAGAAACAAUUCCUGAAGACCCUAAACCUGGGCCUUCCCAGUCAGUUGAAAAUUCUAUAUGUGAUAAAAAUACGUCCAGUGAUAACAAGAUAGAAACUCCUAAACUAGAGCCUAUAUUGGAAGAAGAUACUUCUAGUUCAUUGUCAGAUGCCGAGUGUGCUGCGAAAAGUGGAAAAAGAAAGAAAAAUUCUAAAAAUAAGAAUUUAUCAGUUAUCAUAAAGCGCCCCAAAACAGGAAAUGGCCCUGACGAUAUCGGCGAUGAUCAGCCAUCAACUUCUAAGAAACAUAAAGAUAAGAAAAAGAGCUCAAGAUCUGAUAAAGAAUCUGGCCAUCAUCAUGGACGUAAGAGAGGACGUAAGAGUAAAGGACGACAUGAAGAUUCUGACAAGAAAAAAGGCUCAUCAAAAGGUGUUGCUGUUAAACCUCCUGAAAAGCCAUCAGUAGCUCAGCUAAAGAAAACAGGUGAACCAUUUUUGCAGGAUGGUCCAUGUUGUGAAGUUGCUCCUCGUCUUCCUAAAUGCAGAGAAUGUCGCUUGACACCUCAUCAGCGCAGUAAAAAAGAUUCUAACAUCUUCUGUCGAUUUUAUGCAUAUAGAAAAUUACGUUAUGGAAAAAAUGGAACUAUUUUAAGUGCAGGCUUUUCAGAGCCAUCAGAUGCAUUAGAAGAAGAUCUCAAACUUUGGCUUCCACCAACAGAUAUAAGACCUCAAGAAAAUGAAAUUGAAAUUUCAAAGUUUCUUCUAACUCAUAUUGGGGAUCAGUUUUGUGAUUUAGUUGAGAUGGAAAGAGAAGCACAGAAAAUGCAUGCAGGCAGUGAAACUACAGUUACUUGGAAAAGAGUAGUUCAGGGAGUUCGUGAGAUGUGUGAUGUGUGUGAAGCAACUCUGUUUAAUAUCCAUUGGGUUUGCCAUAAAUGUGGAUUUGUUGUUUGCAUUGACUGCUAUAAAUCAAGAAAAAGUGGGUUGCCUAAAGAUGAAACAUCGUCAAAAGAUCGGGAUGAUUACCAUUGGUUAUUGUGUUCAAAUAGGCAACCACAUGAACUGGAAAAGCUUAUGCUGACUCAAAUAAUUGCUGGUACAGCAUUGUGGGAUGUUGGCAAAGCCUUGCACGAAAUACGCCGAAAGUGGAAUAUUCCAACAUACUGUAAUUGUGGUUUGUACGAUAACGAUCAAGAUAGCAAAAGUUCUACUAAUGGCAUAUGCAAGCUUAUGAGUGCUGUGACAAAGUGCUUUUCUUCAGAUAAAGAUUCCUCACGAGAAGCAAAUGGUUCUUCUGAUUAUCAGCGAUCAAGUAAGCGAAGUAAUAAGAGCUCUGUUAAUGGUGUUAUAAAACAGGAGGAUGGUUUAGGUGGUUAUAGCUCAGAGAGCGGUGGGUCUCCUCUGAGUUGGUUAGCAGAUGUUGCUCUCAAUUCCUCAAACAAAGCAUCGGAUGAUCAGCGAGAAAUCGAUGAUGAAGAUAAAUCUUCAGAAGAUCAAGAAAGCAGUGCUGAUGUUACUGGUGAAAGUGAUGAUGAAAAAAAUGAAAAUUUCUCGACAUUAAGAGAGCUUUUAAUCAGGCCAACAGGUAAAAUGGGUGGCAAAAAUUGUAGUGGCUCUUCAAGCUCUCAAAAAACACUGACUAGCACUUUAGAUGAAGUCAUAUCAUGUGUUAUAGAACAAAAGGUUCGUAAAUCAGAUAAGAAGAAUAAUGAAAAACAGCUUCUUCAUUUUACUCGGCGCUAUCAGAUGACUAAAUCAGGUAGAGAUUUACCACCAGUAAGGACAUGCAUGCUUACUGAAAGCUCUCUGUUGUAUCCUGAGAUUCCACAUCUGUGGCUUGGGACUGGAAAAAUAUUGUUAUUAAAAGACCCAUUCCAUACAGGAAACAUGCAAUUAUUUCAAGAGCAGUGGAAAAGAGGCCAGCCUGUUAUUGUUGCUGAUGUUGGAAAAAAUUUGGACCCUUCCUUAUGGAGUCCUGAAAGCUUUCUCAAAGAAUUUGGUGAAAGCAAGACAGAUUUUUUAAAUUGUGUUGGUGGGACUCUUAUACAGGAUCAGCCAAUGAAGAAAUUUUGGGAAGGCUUUGAUAAUCUUAAUAAGAGAAUCAAAGAUGAUGAUGGGCAGUCUUUAAUAUUGAAACUUUUAAAUUGGCCUCCUGCUGAUGAAUUUUCUAAUAUUUUGCCUUCAAGAUAUGAAGACUUAAUGAAAAAUCUUCCUCUGAGACAGUACACACACAGAGAAGGAAUGUUUAAUAUGGCAAGUCGUCUUCCUGAAUGUUUUAUUCAACCUGAUCUUGGUCCUAGAAUGUAUAAUGCAUAUGGUAUCAGUUCCUCAUUUGGGAAAGGUUCCACUAAUCUUCAUCUUGAUGUUAGUGAUGCUGUAAAUGUAUUGGCCUAUGUUGCCAUUCCACGUGAUGGAAAAGAUGAACUUUCUUCUGAAGUUUUAAAAAUACUGGAGGAAUGUGGAUGUGAUUCAUUGAUGAAAAAACGAGCCAAAGAAAAAGGAUCAAAACCAGGUGCUGUUUGGCAUGUUUAUAAUUCCAGAGAUGCUGAUAAAAUUCGCGAUUUCCUGAAUAAGGUUUCUGAAGAACAAGGUGUUAAAUUGAAUCCGCAUCAUGAUCCUAUACAUAAUCAAGAAUGGUACUUAGAUGAGAAAUUACGAACUAGAUUAUAUAAAGAAUAUGGUGUGGAACCAUACACUAUUGCACAAUGCUUUGGUGAUGCUAUAUUAAUUCCAGCUGGAUCUCCGCAUCAAGUUAUAAACUUGCAUAGUUGUGUGAAGGUGGCGGAAGAUUUUGUGUCACCAGAAAGUGUUGGACACAGUUUUUUCCUUACUCAAGAGAUACGAAAUUUAUCAGAUUCUGUAAUAAAUAUUGAAGACAGAUUACAAAUAAAGAAUAUAAUAUAUCACGCUGUGAAAGAUGCUUUGGCAUUGUUGCAGUCCCAUGACCCUGAAGAUCCGAAGACGUGAACUUUUAGCGCGCACACCUGCCCACUCACACUCAAGAAAAAAUCUUGGAACUGAAAUUUUUUGCUUUCAGCGUGACAUGAAAAUGGGUUGAAAGAUUUUUACAUGAAAUGGAUUGAAUUCUUCCUCAUUCAUAACCAAAUCCUUCAUGACCAAGGUAGUGGGUAUUCAAUUACUAAGAAAACGAAUGAAUGUAAUAGAUGCAAGCUUGCAUAAUAAAGUUCCUUCUUGUUAGCAUUGCUUUAAUAGGAGCUUCAUACACUCUGAAUUAUAAAAACUUUUUCAGUGUUUUAAAAUUUAAAUAUGGAAUGUUUUCAAUGAAACAUGGAGAUCAUCUUGCCUUGGACACCCGUUCAUCCUUUUGAAAACAUCAGAAACUAUUUCCUGCUAGGGAAAAUUGCCAGUUAAAUGAAAUUAAUUUAUUGAAAUAUUAUUUCAUGAAGGAUGAAUAUGUAUUUAUAGAUGUCAGUGUUCAAAUUUGUGCAUGAUUUGUUUGAAGGAGUUGUCAUGUGCUCAUUUUGCUUACCUCAAGAUCUGCUAUUAUCUACAUGCUUUGGAAUUCUGAAUUUUCUGAGGCAUUCGUAAGAUAAUCAUGAGCAAGAUGCUUAACAAGAAUGCCUUUCAAAAUGUAUGCAUUUUAUAUCCAUUGCAUAAAACUUUAUACAUGUAUUUGAGUAAAUAUCAUAAUUCCUUCAUACACAUCCAAUGGAUACUUUUAUAGAAGGCAUGGAUAUUGUAUCUUACUUACUUAAGUAAACGUCUGUAAAGAUACCAAAAAGCAGUGUUAGUUUGAUUUAAUGAAAUUUAAUCUUGUUGAUAUUUAUCAUAUUUGCUGGAUUUUAAGAUCAUAUAAAUUGUGCAUUUUGAUCAAAGGUGCUUGUUGCUAAGUAAUGUAUAGUCUUCUAAAGAAAAUUUGUUAUGCUCUUAUCUUGAGAAAGACAUUUAUUUUAGGCUCAUGUGAUUUUAGUUAUUUAUUAUAAAGUUAUCUAUGGGAGCAAGUGUUCAAUAUGUGCAAUUAUUUAAUGUAAUGCUCCUUAUGGACAAAUGAAUUGAUGUUUUUUGCAGCUGCAUGUUGCUAGUAUUUAUAUUAAUUUUCCAGCAACAGCUUGGUUUACACCUUUUGAUGCAUUUUGUGCAAAAGAUAUUUCUCAUUGGUAUCAUUUUAGUUCAUUAUGUACAUAUUUUAUAACAAUAUUUUUAUAUUGGAAAUGUUUUCUGUACAAAUAUGUAUAUGUCCAUUUUCUUGUUUCUAAUUUCAUUAUAUAUAUAAGUAUUGCUGAUUCUUAUUAAAGUGCCGAUGUUGA